CGUUCUCGGCGGGGCCCUGGGGGUGCGGCCUUGCCCCGCAGUUGCGGCUGCCGCGUCCCCGGCUUCCCCCGGCGCGAUGGAGGAGGACGAGGAGGAGGCGCGGGCCCUGCUGGAAGGCCGCCCGGAUGGGGCUGGCAGAGCGGCCCCCGGCGUCUCCGGGGCGCUGCCGGCAAUCUGCGACCCCGGUCGCCUGGCGCACCGGCUCCUGGUGCUGUUGCUGAUGUGCUUCCUCGGCUUUGGCAGCUAUUUUUGCUAUGAUAAUCCUGCUGCCCUUCAGACUCAGGUUAAGCGGGAUAUGCAGGUGAAUACCACGAAAUUCAUGCUGCUGUAUGCCUGGUAUUCUUGGCCCAAUGUAGUUUUAUGUUUUUUCGGUGGCUUUUUGAUAGAUCGAGUAUUUGGAAUACGAUGGGGCACCAUUAUUUUUAGCUGCUUUGUUUGCAUUGGACAGGUGAUUUUUGCUCUGGGUGGAAUAUUUAAUGCUUUUUGGCUGAUGGAAUUUGGAAGAUUUGUGUUUGGGAUUGGUGGGGAGUCCUUAGCAGUUGCUCAGAAUACAUAUGCUGUGAGUUGGUUUAAAGGCAAAGAAUUAAACUUGGUGUUUGGACUUCAACUUAGUAUGGCUAGAAUUGGAAGUACAGUAAACAUGAAUCUCAUGGGAUGGCUGUAUUCUAAAGUUGAAGCUUCGUUGGGUUCUGCUGGUCACAAAACCCUUGGGGUCACACUUAUGAUUGGGGGUAUAACAUGUAUUCUUUCACUAAUCUGUGCCUUGGUUCUUGCUUACUUGGAUCAGAGAGCAGAAAAGAUCCUUCACAAAGCACAAGGAAAAACAGGUGAAGUUAUUAAGUUAACUGAUGUAAAGGACUUCUCUUUUCCCCUGUGGCUAAUAUUUAUCAUCUGUGUCUGCUAUUAUGUGGCAGUGUUCCCUUUUAUUGGACUUGGGAAAGUUUUCUUUACAGAGAAAUUUGGAUUUUCCUCCCAGGCAGCAAGUGCUAUAAACAGUAUUGUAUAUGUUAUAUCAGCUCCCAUGUCCCCGAUAUUUGGGCUCCUGGUGGAUAAAACAGGAAAGAACAUCAUCUGGGUUCUGUGUGCAGUGGUGACCACUCUUGCUGCCCACAUCAUGCUGGCCUUCACACUGUGGAACCCUUGGAUUGCUAUGGUUCUCCUGGGACUCUCCUAUUCAUUGCUUGCCUGUGCGUUGUGGCCCAUGGUGGCGUUUGUAGUUCCUGAACAUCAGCUAGGAACUGCAUAUGGCUUCAUGCAGUCCAUUCAGAAUCUUGGGUUGGCAAUCAUUUCCAUCAUUGCUGGCAUGAUACUGGAUACUCGGGGAUAUUUGUUCUUAGAAGUUUUCUUCAUUGCCUGUGUUUCUUUGUCACUUUUAUCUGUGGUCUUACUCUAUGUGGUGAAUCGUGCCAGAGGGGGGAACCUAAAUCAUUCUGCAAGACAAAGGGAAGAAAUAAAACUUUCUCAUGCUGAAUGAGAAGCUUUAAAUGACUGUGUCAUGAGAAUGGGCUGCACACAUCAUUGGUUCGAAAACCUCAUUUUUUUUAAUCUAGAGUUUAUGUAGGGAGAAUAAUGGUUUGGAAACUUAGUAUAUUUAUGUAUCAAAAACACCUACUUCAAAGUAUAUUUGUGAGGGCUGUUUCAGACUCUGUCUUAUGUACUGUGUAUUGCUCAAGAAUUCUGUGGAAUCGGCUAACAGUGAAGUGUAGAAAGUUUCUCAGGAAUACGCAAGUGAACUUCAUUAAGGAGAGUAAAUAAUGGAAAACUUGGAUCUUGUAUUAAGAUAAUUUUCAGAAGAUGUUUCUUAAGGAUAUGGCUUUUUUUUUUUUUUAAUCUUCAAGCAAAACAAAAAGCUUUUGAGGGGGUAAAAGGGAUAUUUUAUACAGAAUAAACAAUGGCAUUUUAGUAGACAUUCCCUGUUUUUAUAGGGAAUAGUUAAGAGAUUUUUUUAUGCAAUCUCCUCAUUUUCACAAAUAGCAGAUUGUAUUCUGCUAUCUUUAGUUAUGAGAGGCUGCCAAGCAGUGACCCUUUUGAGCUUCUUUAUCUCUCCAUUACUAAGGACCCUGAUCACUUAGGGAUUAAUUUUAUAGUACAAACUUUCUGUAAAAUGUUUUCUUAUAAUAAUUAAUUUCUAAAAAGUAGUAUCCCUUAAAUUAUGAUAGUUGCAUACCUACAUGGAUAAAAACACUGCAAAAGAAGUACUCGAUGUCUUCUAAAACCUUUGAUUAAAAAAAUAUUAAAACAUUGAUUUUAACUUAUUUAUUUGGAAGAUUAUUUCUAUAAGAAAAUCUAAGUUAGAAUAAAGAAAAUUUGCCCAAUUGCAGUCUUUGAAAGUCAGUGAAGUACCCUUUUCUCCAGAGUAGGACCUAAAGUAACAUUUAUGUUUUUCAGAUUAAAUAAAAUGUGAUUAUAAAUUUUUUUUGACAGACUUAAAAACUUUUAAACUUGAGUUAGUCUUAGCCUAUUAUAAAUUAAAGUCGAAGAAUUUUUCAUGUGUUUUACUCUCCAGGAGUAUGCAGAUAUUUUAGAAAACUAUUAAACUGUCAUAUUUAGCUAAUUGUAGUGUUUAAAAUACAGGACAUAACAUUGUAUGCUAGAAAGUUCUGGAACAGAUUGAAAGUACAUUCCUUAUUCAGGUUACUAAGUUUACUUACAUCCCUUUUUCUGAUUUACAGUUUAUUGUGUCCUUACUCAGUUGUUAGUUCUUUAGGCUUUGACUGCCAUGUGACAGAAUGUUCUAGCCCAGAUUAUUGAGUGUUGGCUUUAUCACUUGGUGAGAGUGGAGGAAGCCAGCUGUUACUGCUGCUGGAGGGCUUGCGUGUUCCAUGCCUUACUUUUUUCACCACCUCCGUGCCUCAGCCAUAGUGAGCUGCUUAAUUAUAUUUUUCAAAUGGGUCAUGUUCCUUUCCCUUUUGGCUGCUCCCUUUGCCUAGGAUAUUUUAUCCAGGAUCCUCGGUAACCUGGUUUCACCUGAUUUACAACAGAAAACCUUAGCCCCAGCUCAGAAGCAUUCUUCCUGUGGGAACUCUUCCAGACCUUCAGGCUAUAUCAAGUUCUUCUAAAAUUUUUGUGGUCUCUGAAAAGCCCUGUUUUUUCUUUCUUGGCUUACCUCAACUUAAAAUGAAGAAUUUGUGAUAGUGUGAGUGUCUGUCUCCCUUCAGAUUGUAAGCUCUAAGAGGGCAGGGACUGUGUCUGUUACGUUAAUUAUGAUUGUGUUGAUAGUGCCUAUCACAGAGUAGGUACAAAAUAAACAUUUUUUGAAUGGUGCAUAAAUUAAAAGAGUAAAAUGGAGUAAUCUUUUUGGAGGGCAAAUUGGUAAUAUGAAUAAAAAGACCUGAAAAGGGGA